AUGUCAUCGUCAUUAACUCCACCUUCCAACCCAUCUGCUGCCUUUUCCUCUUCGAAACACAAUCUUCUCACCUCCUCCGUGAAACAUCACUAUGGUUCCAAUAAUGGUGAAGAUAUUUCUGAACUCAUUCAUCUCUCUGAAACCACUCGGAGUGUUGUCAUUGAUAAACAUUUUAGAGAUUCCUCCAAAGUCAAAGGAACAUUACAAGAAUUGAAAAAUGGAUUCAUGUGUGAGGCUCACGUUUCAUCAAAGAAUAAGAUUGCAAAACCAAAGAUUCAUACCAUUCAAUUGGAUGACAAUGAAACCUUUUUGAGAGUUGAGAAGAAGAAGAAGAACAAGGCGAACAUUCUUUUAAAGGACAUUAAAAAGGUACUCACAGGCACUUCAUUUUCACAACAAGGUGUUUUUCACAAGUAUCAUGAAAAUCUUCUUUCCAAAAAGAAGACAUUGAUCUACAAUCCUGAUUGGGCAGUUACCAUCUUAUUCAGUGGAUCUAAUCAAGUGGAUAUUGUGUUUAAGAAAGUGAAUGAAUUCAUUUCAUUCCUUGUUGCUCUCAAUUACUUGUUAAGAGCGAUCAAUUUAACUCAAAUACCUCCAUUCAGUGUAUUAAUGAUGAGAUAUUGGAUGAUUGCUGAUGAAAAUAAUGAUAACAAACUCUCCAUUCAAGAAAUUAACAAAUUAUUUAAGAAAUUGAAUAUUGAAAUGAAUUUUAAUUAUUUAAAAAAGAAUUUUGAAAGGUUUGAUAAGGAUAAGAGUGGAACUAUUGAAUUUAAUGAAUUUAUUGAACUAUUUAAAGAGAUGCAUGUGGUCGAUGAAGUUGAAGAUGUCUUCAUGUCAUGUACAAAUACCAAUUUAAUGACUGUUCAAGAAUUUAGAAAUUUCCUUCGUGAUCAUCAAUUGGAAUCUCAAAUUUCAGAAAGUCAAGUCAUUGAAUUGAUGAAAAAGAAUGGAGCUAUUGAAAUUGAUGGACUAUUGAGAAUGCCUUCCUUUGAAUUCACAUCCUUUAUAUUUAGUAGUGAUAAUUCAUUGGUGAAUCCAACUCUGUAUACUCUUCAUGAGGAGGAUAUGAAUUAUCCAUUAACAGAUUACUAUAUUCACUCUUCACACAACACUUAUUUGAGUGGACAUCAAUUAAAGGGUGAAAGUGAUGUUAAAAAUUAUAGAAAUGGUUUAUUGGGAGGAUCUCGAUGUGUUGAACUCGAUUGUUGGAAUGGUGAUGGUGGUGAUAUUGUCAUUUAUCAUGGUCGUACUUUAACCUCAAAAAUACUCUUUCAAGAGGUCAUUCAAUGCAUCCAUGACUAUGCAUUUGUGAAUUCACCAUAUCCAGUCAUUCUCUCUCUGGAUGUUCAUGCGGAUCAAGAAGGACAAGAGAAAAUGGCAAAUGUCAUGAUUAAAAUAUUUGGAGAUCAAUUAUUCAUGCCUGAUGAACACAUGACUCGAUGGCCAUCUCCCAAUCAAUUGAAAUUUAAAAUUAUUUUAAAGAAUAAGAAGAUACCAAUGAACCACAAUAAGAACAAUACGACUACUACGACUACUACAAUGAACUCAUCUCGAGUGGUCUCUUCACCACCACUCGUACCUCCAACAACAACAACAACAAUACUAUUCGAUGACUCACUUGUUUUUGGUGAAGAUGAAACAGAGGAUUCCAAUGAUGAAGAUGAAGAUUUCUCUUCUGAUAAUAGUUCAAAUCGUUUAAAUCUCGUCGUCAUGCAUGAUCAAGCACGUGUCAAAACAAAACGAGUCAAAGUUGCUCAAAAGUUAUCCGAUAUUACUGCAUUGGGUACCACCAAAUUAACCAAUUUCCAAGAUCCUUCCAUUUGGAAUUUACCCUGUUGGAAAAUGUUUUCUUUAAGUGAAAAGAAAGUUGAAAAAUUAUUGAACCAAGAACCAAUGAAUCUCAUCAAAUUCAAUCAAAAUCACUUUUCGAGAUCCUAUCCUCAUGGUUUGAGAUUUGAUUCAUCCAAUUAUGAUCCAACAAGUUCAUUUGUGAUGGGUGUACACAUGUCUGCAUUGAAUACUCAAACACAUUGUGCUUUUUAUCGAAUGAAUGAAUUUAAAUUUAAGGAAAAUGCCAAUUCAGGAUAUGUGUUAAAACCCAAAAUAUUACGUGCUGGAUCUGAAGAAUCAUUUCCAGAUGAGAAAUCUCAUGUGAAACAGUAUAUCAAAAUUACCAUUGUGAUGGCAAAACAAGUUCCAAAUCCAAAAGGUAAAGAAAAAGGUGACAUUGUCGAUCCCUAUGUCAAAGUAUCUAUUUUAGGACAUCCUAGAGAUCAUGCAUCUUAUAAUACGAUCACUGUAUGGGACAAUGGUUGGAAUCCAACAUUUAACAAUACUUUUGAAUUCAAAUUGGUGUGUCCAGAAUUGGCUUCUCUUCAAAUUUCCAUCUAUGAUAAGAAUAAGGUUUCUUCAGACAAAUUUAUUUGUGAAAAUAUUAUUCCUGUCAGUGCAUUGAGACCAGGUAAAUUGAGAAGUGUUCAAAUGUUUGAUGAAGAUAUGAAUCUUAUUGAAGGAUGUCAAUUAUUGUGUGAUUUGGAAAUUCUUAAAGUGCAUUCGAAAUGA